AAUGUGAAGAAAGAAAAGUAAAAAGAAUAGGAGGAUUUGUGGCACCUUAUUAGAGCACAAGCUUUGGUGGGCUACACCCACUUCAUCGUAAAAGUAAACUUUUACUGCAUCUCUAACAUCAUCCUUAGUUUAAUCCCAUAUGUAUCUGCAGAGGUAGAGGGGGCCAUUAUAAAUUUACAUCCAGCUUGUAUCCUUCCCCCAACCCACACACACCCUAGAACUGCCAAGAUAUUUCUCCUGUAGACUGCGAUUUGUCCCCUUGAUAAGGAAUAUCUGCCACAAAGACAACUCUGUUACUGGCAUUAGUUUAAAAAAAAAAGGUAAAAUGCCAUUGACCAGAUGAUAUCGGCAGAAUGCCUAUAACAGCUUUCAGAGCCGGUAAAGCUACUGGGGUGCCAGUUUAAAACAUGAGUGAGACCAUGGGUGUAAAGGGGAGCCAUUAUACCUAGGCUAUAGGGAGAAACGGGACCUCAAUAUUUUAGAAUAUGUGACAUUAAAGUAGUCCCCAAGCUUCACACCCAGCCUCCUCUCCCCCCUGGGACUGCAUCCCCUCAUUCUAACGUGGCAACCCCUGGCCUCACCUUCACCCUCCUUUGACCCGCAUUGCGCAGCGCGCUCCGCCCCCUCACGCUUUUCUCCCGGGGGGCGGGGCCCUUGGAGUCUGACAGCGGGAAGCCCCGCCCCUGCCCGGAAGCCGCCCGUUGCCUUGGCAGUGAGGCCGCGCGGCGAGCCGGAGCGGCCGGGGCCCGGUCUGGGAAGGAAGGAGCCGGGGCGGCAGCGCGAGGCCGGGCCCUGUCCUCCAGCCCCCCGGCAUGACCAGGCCGGAGAUGGCGGACGAGACGCUGUUCCUGCUGCUGCACAACGAGAUGGUGUCUGGGCUGUACCGGGCCGCGGAGCACGGCGAGGGGGAAAACGGACGAUGCAUCACUAAACUGGAAAAUAUGGGGUUUAGAGUAGGACAAGGAUUAAUUGAAAGGUUUACCAAAGACACUGCCAGAUUCAAGGAUGAGUUAGAUAUUAUGAAGUUCAUCUGCAAAGAUUUUUGGACUACUGUAUUCAAAAAGCAAAUUGAUAAUUUAAGGACCAAUCAUCAGGGUAUCUAUGUACUUCAGGACAACAAAUUUCGUCUCUUGACUCAGAUGUCUACAGGAAAACAGUAUUUAGAAUAUGCACCUAAGUAUCUGGCAUUCACUUGUGGACUAAUCAGAGGUGGCUUAUCAAAUCUGGGAAUAAAGAGUAUUGUGACAGCUGAAGUUUCAGCAAUGCCUGCAUAUUUAAAAUGAAAUGGAUGCAACUUUGAACACAGACAAACUUGUAAAAAUACUUUUAACUGGGUUUAACAAAUGUAGUAGAAUAGCUAGAUUUGUUUUACUGGUGAAGAAGAGGACUGCACUGUCUCCUGCUAGCUCUUUUGAACAAAGCAAGUAUGAGAAGUUGCUGCAGUUGGAAGGAUUUACAGAUAAUAGAUAUUUUGUAACUCAAAUCUGCUUUUCUUUGCAGGUAAAUUUCAGGUGAUGAUACAGAAGAUGUAGAACAUGUUCAGAUCUGUGUAUCUGCCCUUUUUAAAAAACCCUGUGUACACUAAAGAUGUCUUGAUUAAUUUAGCUUCACCUGUAUACCUUAUAAAUUAUAAUAGCAUGCAGCACAAUUCCUGCAUUAUGUAAAGUAAAUAUUAACUUAAUAAAAAUAGCUUAACA